AUGAAGAGAAACAUCCGUCUCGAUUCACUACCUCCCGAUCGUCAAGUCGCACCAAAAGACUGCCGCCUGUGCACCAAGCGACGCAUCAAAUGUGACAGGAGUAUCCCAGGGUGUCGAAAAUGCGCCAGUCGAGGACUGCGCUGUCCAGGAUUCGACGCGUUGUCCCUCAAAUGGGGCCAAGGCGUGGCAAGUAGAGGCAAGUUCGCCGGCAGGACGCUCCCGGUGUCACCUCGAGGCGAGUCCGAGAGACAGGAUGAGUUCUCAGGUACGCAUAGUACCAGUGGUGGUGGUGGUGGUGAAGGUGGCAGUCGUUUAGAUCUCCGCAACUUGACAAUCGAAGGACUCUUGCCAUUGAGUUUCUCUACACCUCUGCUUGACCCGAUGAGUGGUCUCGGGUUGGUCAAUCGGUGCUCUACGACAGUGCUUUUCGACAAUCUGCUCAAUCAUUUCCAGUUGGAAGUUGCAUCUCAAUUGCGAUGGCUCGAUAGCCCCGACAACCCGUGGCGACGCAUUGUCUGGCCUCUGGCCCGACGCUCGAACUGCCUUCGCAUGUCGAUUCUCGGUCUAGCGGCUGCUCAUUUGUCGGUGACUUCUGCCGGGGGCGAUGGUUCUGGGCCGUCGAUGCUUCUACAGGCGAACCAUGAUCUGCGCGAAGCGAGUCUUCGGAAUCUGAAUACGAAGAUACGGUUUGAGUUGGAGGGUGACCGGGUCGCCGGGGCCCAGGAUGGCUCAUCCCUAACCGAAAUCCUUGCCACCAUGCUCGUCCUGUGCUACGGGGAGAUGCUCGUGCCCUAUUCAACCGACUGGAGUCUUCAUCUGCGCGCCUGUCGUGCGAUCAUUGACCGGCGGAACUUGCGGAAUCGACAGAGAGAAUCGCAGGACCCGGCUGCGAGGUUCCUAGUCAUGGAAGUGGUCGAUCUCGAGACAUUCAGCGCUUUGACGGAAUUCACUCGAAAGGAGAGCCCGGCCACGAUACCAUCUUCUUCAUUUCUGGGGGAUCAUUUCUGGACCUUCACAUCAUUGCUACGUGAGAUCAAUGCUGUGGAACGGCAUCGGUACAUACUUCUACAAAAAGGAUCUCAACCCCCAGACAUUGACAUGGACACUUGGCGAGAUAAAAUCGAAGAGGCGCACGCGCAGACUUCCGAGGGAACGGCUGCCAUAGUACAAGGAGACGAACAGAUACUGAGACGGGCGGAAUCUAUGGUUCGAGCGCACUACUACGCCUGUCUGAUUUACUUCCAUCAGGCGCUCGCUCCUGCAUUGGAAGCAAGACCAGCCAUCGAGGCGUGCCUCGGGCCUCUUUUCGACGAAAUCCAACUCCUCACGGCUGGGUCAACGCGCACCUUCUCCCAGAACCUUUUCUUUCCGCUGUUCAUCGCCGGCACGGAGUACGCGCGAGACGAAGACGGACAGGCUGUGAUCCAGACGCUUUUCAUGGACUUGAUCUCCUCGACGGGAGUCUGGUGCAAUCAUACAGUGCUGCAGUUUCUUCGUACGUUCUGGACGAGGUCGGAGUGCCAAGGAACGUGGAUUCAGUACGCUCGCGAGAACGAGCGGAAUCUUUCUCUGUGUCUCUUAUUCUGA